ACAAUACGACACUAUAUUUGGUCGAUGUCGAUGGUUCAGUUUUCAAAUGUCGAAUCGAACUCGAACUAGAACCAGACAGAACAGUACAUAUUUUAACAAAAACAUUGUGUUUUAUACUUUAGUUUUACUCCGCUUAUUAAAACGUUGUUAAAUCUGUGAAAUUUUACAUCGACUUAUAAUCUUAUAAUUGAGCUCUUAAAAUGAUUACACUAUUCAUUUGUUGAUGUUUAUUAUAAAGUUAACUAAAACUGUAAUUAAGGGUUUCUAUAGUUAAGUUUUUGUUUCAAUAAGUUUUAAGUAUGAGAAAUUCCUAUGAUUAGGUCUUCCAGGUAUUGUUUUCUAGAAUACAGUGAUAAUGGAGGAUGAGAUAAAAGAGCUAAAGUCAGUAUUGCGGUCAUUAGUGGUGUCCAGUCCUACACAGGUGGAUGUGCGAACACUAAUGAGAGAUUACCGCAGCAUAGUGGGCAGAGCAGUGCCCAUUGCCAAGCUCGGCUACAAGGAUCCAGUGCACUUCCUCAGAGAAAGAUGUAGUGAUUGUUUCCUGUUUCACGGCGAUCCACGCAACCCCGUGCUGACCCUCAUUGUGCCGGACACAUUGAAGCAUAUUGAUAAGUUUGUACAAAAACAGAAAGUAUCUAAUACUGUGAAGCACAAAGGAAAGAGAAGGAGUGUCACCGCACCGAAGACAGUGUCUUCAAAUAAUCUCAUUUCAAAGACGUUUAUUGCAAAAGAAAACAAUAAAUCAGGAAUGAACAUAAUGCAACAAGGGGAGAGCUCCGGAGAGGGAGAUUCAGAUAAAGACGACAAAGCAUUAGAAAGUAAUUGUAGUGGAGACAUGGUGAACAAUUAUUUCACUAAUGCCACAUCACAAAGUGCAUUGGAGAAGUUCAUGAAGAGGCGCAUGCCGCUGUGCGCCGGCACACCCUCCCCCCUGGGUGCUGGCGCCCCCUCACCGCUGGGCGCCGGCGCCCCCUCACCGCUGGGCGCCGGCGCCCCCUCACCGCCGCCGCAACCGCGCGACUCCGACUCCUCCCGCGGAGACAACGACUCGGGCCGCCUUACUCUCUCCAGUGGAAGCAGUACUAAAGGGAUACACUUCGAAGACUUAAAAAAUGAAAUUAGAAACAUCCUUGAAGAUCAUCCGGAAGGAAUUUGGUGUACGGAUCUAGUGACACUGUACAGGUACUAGCCGCGAGGCCGCGGGACUACUCUCCACCCCCCCAGCCU